AUGUCGUACAGAUCAACCCGUUCUUCAGAACCCCAAAGUGUCUCUUUUGAGGAGGCAGUCAUCACUGGUCUGGCUACCGACGGUGGACUUUUCAUUCCUGCUGAGGUCCCAAAACUCCCAGAGUCUUUCUUGAAAGAAUGGUCUGGUCUUUCAUUUGAGGCUUUGGCCUUCAACAUCAUGAGAUUCUACAUCAAGCAGUCCGAGAUCUCCGAUGACGAGCUCAAGACCUUGAUCGCCAAGUCCUACUCCACCUUCAGAGCUAAGGAGGUCACUCCACUGGUCGCGAUCGACUCGCAGAAGAACCUGUACUUGCUGGAGCUGUUCCACGGCCCAACUUACGCUUUCAAAGACGUUGCUCUGCAGUUUGUCGGUAAUCUGUUUGAGUUCUUCUUGACCAGAAAAAAUGCUGCCAAGAAGGCAGGUGAGUCUAGAGACAUCAUCACCGUUGUUGGAGCCACUUCCGGUGACACUGGAUCCGCUGCUAUUUACGGCCUCAGAAACAAAAAGGACGUUUCUGUGUUCAUCCUCUACCCAACAGGCAGAAUCUCUCCUUUGCAGGAACAACAAAUGGCCUCUGUUUUGGACGAUAACAUCCACACUCUUUCUGUGAAAGGUACCUUUGACGACUGUCAGGACGUUGUGAAGAAAGUGUUUGGAGAUGCCGAGUUCAACCAGAAAUACCACGUCGGAGCAGUCAACUCGAUCAACUGGGCUAGAAUCCUCGCACAAAUGACUUACUACUUCCACGCCUACUUCCAGCUGCUGAACAAGAUCCCAGAAGCUGAAAAGGCCGACUUCAAGGUCAAGUUUGUGGUGCCAAGCGGAAACUUUGGUGACAUCCUUGCUGGUUUCUACGCUAAAGAGAUGGGACUUCCUAUCGAGGAGUUGGUGGUUGCAACCAACGAAAACGACAUCCUCGACAGAUUCUUGCACUCCGGAAAAUACGAUAAGGUCGAGGUUAAGGAGACCUACUCUCCAGCUAUGGACAUCUGUGUUUCCUCCAACUUUGAGAGAUUCCUGUGGUACAUGAUCAAGAGAACCAACGGUGGUAACGACGAUCUGAAAACUGGUGCUAUUUUGGCCGAAUACAUGAAGGACCUGUCCUCCAAGGGCAUCUUCGAGGUCACUCCAGAGACUUUGAAGCUUUCGCAAAGCGUUUUGGACUCUGCCAGAGUGAGCAACGAAGAGACCGUGAAGACCAUCAAGGAAACUUACGCUAAUACAUCCAACAAUUACAUUCUUGAUCCUCACACUGCUGUUGGUGUCACCACUUCGCUCAGAAAGAUCGCCAGCGACAAGGACUCCAACACUAAGUACAUUUCCUUGUCCACUGCGCACCCAGCUAAGUUCUCGUCUGUUGUGAACCAAGCUCUGUCUGGAUUUUCCGAAUACUCUUUUGAAAAGAGCGUGCUACCAGAAGAGCUCAAGAAGCUGGCCUCUCUCCCAUUGAAAAUCAAGCUUGUUGACAACGCAGAGUUAAAGACCAUCGAAUCGAUCAUCGUGGAAGAGCUCGCAAAGGAGGGUAAGAACUAG